AUGGACAGGGAAAAGUUCCCAGUGCUCAGGAUGAGGAGAAUUCUCCAACUUCUUCUCCUGUUUCUUCAAUCCCAAAAAGGCACUCAGAAGAAAGAAGCCAAGGACUCUCACCACACAGUGGAUGGGAUUGUUGGGGGAUCCAUCCUGUUCCCCUUGAAUGUCUCCUUGGAGACAGAAAUCCAAGAGAUCGAAUGGAGGUUUAAAUCUGAGCAGCUUCAGCUCCUCUCCCUUAAACCUGGGGCCUCCUCUUUUCUUUGGUACAGUCCUUUGGACAGAUACAAGGGGAGGCUGGAGGUCCUGGAGGACUCCUCCCUCAUCAUAAGGAAGCUGACUCCCAAGGACAGUGGACUCUACGAAGUUCGGAUCAUCUUCAUUUCUGGAGUGUUCAUCAUUCAGACCUUUGUCCUCUCCGUCUAUGACCCCAUUCCUGUUCCCCAAAUCCAUAUCCAGUCACAGUGCCUCACAUCAUUCUGGUGCAAUAUUACCCUGGAUUGCAGGGUCUCAGAGCCUAGGACAGCUGUAACAGUGACCUGGAGAGGUUGGAACCUCCUGAGCACACUGGAGAAGACAGAAAUAUCAGAGGUGUCUUCCAACUCCAGAACCCUGAGUUUGUCCUUACCAAGGAAUCAAUCUAAUUCUUCACUCACCUGCUUGGUCAGCAAUCCUGUGGAUCAAAGAAAUAUCACCAUAAAUCUGAGAAAUGUCUGUGCUCUGAGGGACACCUAUGCUUCAAACAAAGCUUCAAAGGAGCCUGUGAAUAUGUUUUCCUGCCCCAUGAAAUGGAUGCUCCUGUGGAAAGGGCUUCUCCUCCUUGGGAUCCUAUUGUGGACACUGGGCAUCAGGUUCACUGGGGACAAGGGACAAGCUGAAGAGGGCCAAGCUAAGAAGAAUGAAGUCAACAGGCGCAGACAACCUCCAGGAAUAAAAAACAUGCACACCUGGACUGACUACUGCCCCCAACCCCAUCCCUCAGAUUAUUCAGUCCCUGAUGGAAAAGAAAUCAGCACUCUGAAAAGAACCAGGACCCUCCAUCCAUGA